AUGGUGCAGGGAGAGUAUUUGGCAGUAGAAGUUGUCUGUGGACAAAGCUUGGGAGAACUUGUAAAAACGUCAUCAGAUUCACAGCUGCCUGCAGCUGGCCUCUUCCUUGCAAACAGCCUCCUCCUUUCUCCUGCAGCUGUUGCUGGAAUGUUUGGGGGAGGUUUGGGAAGGUAUAACGGUCCCCCAGUGUCUUUUGACUUGGAUCCGGGUGUUAGGCCCAUCCGCCUUAAGUACAGAAAAGUGCCCAUUCCGUUUAAGGCAAAGAUCGAGGCUGAACUCGAUAAGUUGGUUGAACAAGGAGUUUUGGAACCAGUCCCUUUUGGCAAAUGGGAAACUCCCAUAGUAACUCCUAUUAAACCUGACGGGUCAAUUCGGAUAUGCGCUGACUACAAGUGCACCAUUAACAAAGCCUUGCAGCAGCAUUCGUACCCUGUCCCGGUCAUCAGUCACGUUUUAGCGUCACUGGGAGGGGGCAAAAUAUUCGCAAAACUCGACCUAGCCCAAGCAUAUCAGCAACUCCCGGUAACAAAGGAGGCCGCUGAAGCCCAAACGAUAGUAACGCACAGAGGGGCGUUCAGAGUAAAAAGGUCUAAAUGCCUGGUGGGUGUUCACAGUGUUGAAUUCUUGGGAUUCCGGGUGGAUGAGUUCGGGGUCCACCCCACAAACGAUAAGGUAUCCGCAAUACAGCACGCGCCACGGCCACAGGGAAAAAAGGAGCUCCAGUCCUUCUUAGGACUCCUUAAUUUCUAUCACGCCUUUUUGCCCCAUAAGGCGUCGGUGGCUGCCCCAUUGCAUAACCUCCUGCACAAGGACACCAAGUGGAGGUGGGGCCCGGAGCACGAACGAGCGUUUAAGGGGGUGAAAACAUUGCUAUCAUCAGAUGCUGUGCUGACACAUUAUGAUGAGAACAAGUUACUAGUGUUGGCUGCUGAUGCGUCCCCAUAUGGGGUGGGGGCGGUUCUGAGCCAUGUUAUGCCGGACGGACGGGAGGCCCCCGUAGCGUUCUAUUCCAGGUCGUUAACAGCAGCAGAGAAAAACUACGCACAGAUUGAUAAAGAGGCUUUGGCACUUGUUUCUGCUGUUAAAAAGUUUAAUGACUUUCUAUUUGGAAGACGUUUUAUUUUGGUAACGGACCACAAGCCCUUGCUAGGGAUCUUUGCCCAGGACCGGCAACUCCCUGACGUUAUGUCCGCUCGCAUGUUGCGGUGGGCAUUGUUCCUCUCAGCAUAUGAAUUCGACUUGGAACACCGGCCGGGUAAGGCAAUUGGACACGCUGAUGCGCUCAGCCGCUGCCCUCUGCCCGGCCAGGACUUGGACCCUGCUCCUACUUGCUCAGUUCUGGCUAUUGAGGAACUGCCGGAGGCACCCGUGUCAGUAAAGGACAUUGCUGCUGCGACAGCUAAAGACUCUGUACUCAGUCGUGUUCUAAACUGGGUGUGGAGGGGGUGGCCGACAGGGACUUUAGAGCCGGAAUUCAAACCGUAUAAAACGCGGGAAAAUGAGAUGUCUGUAUCCAAGGGCUGUCUACUGUGGGGAAACCGGGUGGUUGUGCCUCGUCAAUGGCGCGAAAAAGUGCUGAAAUCACUUCAUGAGGGCCAUCCCGGUAUGGUACAUAUGAAAGCUCUGGCCCGGGGAUAUGUGUGGUGGCCCGGGUUGGACGCGGAUAUUGAGGAGUGGGUACGGGGGUGCACGCCAUGCCAGCAGGCGAGGGCCGACCCACCAACCGCCUAUCCGCAAAAGUGGGAAUCGGCGGGAAAGCCUUGGUCAAGGCUACACAUCGACCUGGCUGGCCCCGUACAAGGGCAAAUGUUCUUGAUUGUUGUGGAGGCAUAUUCCAAAUGGUUGGAAGUGGCGCCAAUGUCAACCACCACUUCGACUGCUGUAAUUAAUGUAUUGCGCCGUCUUUUUGCAACACAUGGGUUGCCAGACAUUCUCGUUAGUGAUAACGGCGCUCAAUUUGUGUCGAGCGAAUUUGUACAGUUCCUGACCAGAAAUGGUAUUCGGCAAGUGACUUCUCCCCCGUUCCACCCCGCCUCGAACGGGCAGGCAGAACGAAUGGUCCGCACGACCAAAGAUGCGCUUGCAAAGCUGACAUCCGGGGACUGGGGAGUGAAACUGGCGUCGUUUCUCCUGCGCCAGCACGUAACUCCAUGUUCGGCUACGGGCCGCAGCCCAGCCGAGUUGUUAAUGGGGCGACGCCUAGCGUCGUUGCUGGAUCGCUUGCAUCCUGACCUCAACGACUUGAGGCCCCAGCAGCAGAGUGUUCCCUCAAAGGUCCGCACUUACGAAUGUGGGGACACGGUCUUUGCGAAGAACUAUGCCGGGGGACAUUCGACGCAAGUUCGUGUGAUCCAACGGAUUGGAUCUACGGACCCUGUGUCUCUGACCCCUGCGGAUGCUGGCCCAGCGGAUGAGACCUCUAUCAUCCAAGCCUGA